AUGCACAUAAUGCAUAAAUAAACUUACAGCUAUUUAUAUCACGACCAUGAUCACAACAUGCACAACAGCGCCACUGUGGUGUUACAGCGGUACUGCAGGGAGUGCUGCGGUUGCCAUGGUACAGCGUCGGCGGUGGACUGGAGCAAACCUCAAGGCGUGGACCUGAAAAAAUAGCAUCUGAACGCCUCUGGUUGUCAGGAUAUCUCCAUCUUAGUUUAACUGUGGAUAAUUACAGGACGGCGCGUUUCAGAAAUGACUGUUUGUAUCCAAAAAGGUUGGACGUCUGUGCCAUCGCUGCUUAUAUCCAACGGUAGCUAAGUUAGCUUAAGUUCAUGCUAGCUUGCUAGUAGUUGAAGCUAUGUGGCUAACAUUAGCUUUUCGAUUCUAAACAGGAAACCGUUUAUUGCUGGAAAAUUUUCGCCAACCAGACAAAUGCAGCAAGAUUUAAAGAGUGAAAACGGAACACGAGCAGAGAGCCUGUGACUUGGCUGCAUCGACUCUUUCAGCUGUUAGCGUUAUUAGGAGCCUCCAGGGACACUAAACACCAUGAAGCAGAAGAUGUGAAGGAUUAUGUCAGCAGAGAUGAUGAGCAUAUAAUGUAAACUAACCUAUGAGCAUUUGCUCUCAAAGUGACAACAUGGAAUCGGAAAACAUAGCUGACCCGUAUGAAGACAACCGGGAUCGAAGUCGUCAGUCACACCAGAGUACAAAGAAGGAUUCCCGAGCGUCGUCUUCCCAAAAACACAAAAAGAAGUUCCGGGACAAGAUCCAUGACGAGGGUGAAAAAGAAGGCUGUGCUGACAGUAGAUCGAAAACCCGAACUUGGCGUUCAGAUCCAGACCGGGACCAGAUAUCAGAUGGAGAGAGACGGAGAAGUAGUGGGUCGUUUUACUCAGAGGACUAUGAGAAUGAUUCACCCUCAGAGGGCUCGCUCACACCGUACUCCCAGUCCCGGACUCCAUCGCCUACCCUUCACAGAGGGGUGCGGGCAAAAAGGAUUUCUAACAGCCCCUUCUACAAGACAGGUGGUGUAGGGCGCCGAGGCGUGUCUCGCCCACAGCGUCUAGGUGGCCAGCCUCUGACUCAGCAGCAUCGCAAGGGAGUGCGCUCACAAAGCAAGGAGUCCACCCCCCCUAAAGAUCUGGACCUGGUGACCAAGAGGAUGCUCUCGGCCCGCCUACUAAAGAUCAAUGAACUGCGUAACUCCCUUGCUGAGCUCCAGCAGCGCACCGAUGAGCUGCAGAAGGAAAAUCGAAUUCUCAGACAGCUUCAGGUACGCCAAGAGAAAGCCCUGCAGCGCUACGAUGACACAGAGAGCGAGAUUUCCCAGCUGCUCGCGCGCCACAACAACGAGACCCACGUGCUGCGCGAGCGGCUCAGGCGCACUCAGGAGCGGGAACGGGUAGCCGAGAGGCAGAUGAAGGACAGCGAGGAGCAGCUGCAAAGGAGUCGGGCGACCAUCGCGCGACUGAAGAAGCUUGUAGACCAGCGAGAGUUGGGAGCUAGAGACGAGCUGAGCCGCAGGCUGGAGGAAGAGAAGACGCGGGCUCAAGAGGCAGAACGAAAGAUUAAGGAGCUGGAGCGCAGCAUGGAGCUGAGCAACAGCAGUUACCAGAGGCAACUGGCUGCAGAGAGGAAGAAGACAAUCAGUGCCCAGGAGGAGAUCAGGACUCUGCAGGAAGAGCUGGAACGACUGACCAAUAAACUCAAGGAGAAGGAGAGAGAGCUGGACGCUAGGAACAUCUACGCCAACCGCAUGAUGAAACCCCCAAUUAGAAAAGAUGUUGACAGUGGCACGAAGCGGAAAGUCCCCAGCAGGAGCAGCACCAAGGCGGUGCAGGCUAAAGACAGGGCGUCUAGUCUGGAUUUCCCCACACCUCCCCCUGCCAUCACCGAUGCCAAUGAGUACACCGAACAGACACCUGACGAAUACCUAUCGCUCAAGCAGGAGCUCGACAGCGCGGACAGACAUGCAGAGACAGAGGACAGACAUCAAAAGUGGGAACAGCAGAAGAUGAGAGAUGGAGAAAAGGAGAAGGAGUUGGUGAAGGAGAAAGAGAGAGAGCAGGAGAAAGAGGAGAAACGGCAAAUCAACCAGGAGCUUAAUGCCCUCGAGGAGAAGGCAAAGACACUAAGAGAUGGCUGGGAGAAAAAGAAAGAGGAAGAAGACAGAAAGAAGACAAGCCCCCUGUUCGACCGGGAGGAAGAGAACAACAGGAAGCGUGGCCAUGUCCAGGAAGAGGUGGAGAGGUGGAACCAGGAGGUUCUGGCCAAUCAGCAAGCAGCAGCGGAAGCACGUCGUAAAAAAGACCAGCUGCUGGCUAAGAUGCGUGAAAUAGACCAUCAAGACCACAGAGCCCAGGAUGCCAUCUUCUCUGAGUCUAGUCCCUCUGAGUCCAAUAAGGCUGCCAGUAACCAUUAUUCUCCUCAUCCUCCUGAGCAGAGGAACCAUAACUCUUCCAUUUUUAACCUCACAGAAUCAGAGGAUUUGGACAGUUUGCGCACCGGUGCUGGAAGCAGGGACGGCGGAAGGAGAAGAUCAGGCAUGGAGGGCGGAGCUGCUUUACCAGGAAUGGGGAGGCGAGGGCUACGGCCUCAAAUCUCCAACGACGACUUGGCAUUCGGAAGCUACGCACCUUCUUUCGGACAUUCGGCUUCUCGAGGCUCCUCAGGCUUCCCUCCACCUCCACCUCCACCCAAAGAGGACAGGGACUCUGCGUUAGAAGCAAUAGGUAUCUUUAGUCUCAGAGGGACGGAGACAGAGAAAGAAAAGGAGACAGAAAGAGCAGGGAAGGACAGGAAGUCUAGCCUCAUGCAGCAGCUAUUUGGCGCCGUGGCAACACCUGCUGGUGACAGCGUGAGCACCUCCAAUAAAAUGGAGGUCCUCAACAGUCCUCCAACGACCAAUGGAGUGCGUUCAAGAAGGGACGGAUUGCUCAGCUUCAACUCAGGGUCCAACACGCCUCCAGCGUCCUCCUUGAACACUGUGCACAUCGCAGAUAGCAGGCCUGCCGUCCGUGCCAUCACAUCAUUCGAUGAUGACAUAGAGGAACUUACUUUAUGAAGAUAAUUUAGAUAAUACUAUCUGACUCAUUUAACUUGUGUGACUGUUUAUGUUUUAUGUAGGACAUUUCUAAUUUAAUGUGAUCUUCAAGCAUUCAGGUGCAUGUGCGUAGACACAUGGAUGACAAAGAUAGUGUUUCUAAACUGGUGUUAUAGGAUUUUGACCCUUUGCACUUCCUAGUGUCGUGGAGACGGUGGCUUUUACUGGUAGUUUAUGUAACCAGCAGAAGGAUAGCAGCGCCACAACACACAGAAUCCCUUCUUCUAUAAUAUGUUUCCAAUUCUAAAAAGCAAGCAGUACAAUCACAAGGCAGUGGCGCCCCCAACUGAAGGCCAGGGAUGGACCAUGGCUACCUUGAUACAAAAGCUGUGGAAGGCUCAUUUUUACGCUAGCGUUAAGGUACUGGUAUCUUCAACCUAAGACAUCCAUUUGUACUAACUAUGUCGGCAAACCUUGUUGGGAAGGAGGCCAAAUAAUGCUCCAAAGGGAGGCAAAAUUUUGGCGAGGGAACAACUGGCAUGGCCACUUCACCCAAGAGUCUCCAUUUAACUUGUGAAGGCUUGUUCCCAGUUCAAUGUUUUGUUAGCUCCAUAUUGACUUAGCUUCCAACUAGUCUAUGUACCUUAACAGCAUUAUGGAAUUCCUGAAAUUAACUGGUUUUGGUGUGGCACGCCAAGCUUUUCAGUGGCCCCAUCUGGCCUCGUCUACGUGGGGCGCCAUUGACAUGAUGAAACAGACCU